CCUAUAUUUGAUUUCAGGAAGUUUGCACCCAAUAUAUACUCUACGCAGUGCUUUACUGAAACCUGAAAAGCUCAACUCACUGUAGGAAAAUCCAAGCUCCAAAAUGCUUAUAAACCUCCUGAAAAACUCACAUGGAGACAAGGGUUUUAAUUACUGGGAGUUGACGAAGAACGGUGGAGACAAAUGGAGAGUUGAACGGAUGCCAGAUGAUGCAGUGGCUUCAUACUUCUGCACCUCAUUUCAGCUGUGUCUUAAAAAACAAGUGAUCAUUCUGCUGCAAUGCGGUUAUGAUGCUGCAUAUUUAGAUUCUGCGCCUGAAGUGACUGUGAAGGACUGGUACAGCUCUCGAGAUGACUGUGGGGGUGUUUAUAAGCUUACUGUGUCACUGCUCAAUGAAAAUCGAAAGGUCAUUGCUACAUUUAAGCCGGCUGAUGUGACUGUGCCCGCUGAAACCACUUGGACACAGGUGACACACACGUUUAAAGGUUAUGGUCCUGGUCUACGCUUCAUCUCUUUUGAACAUGGUGGUCAAGACAAUAAAAACUGGCAAGGCUCCUAUGGAAUACGAGUCACUGGAAGUUCUGUCACCAUACCCCCAAAACCAUAAUAUGUGAUUCAAUAAUGGUCAGAACUUUGCUUUUUACAAAUAAAUAGUACAAAUUACAGAAACCAAACCUUGCUGAAAAAGCAAAGCCUUUGCUUUUUUUUAAGAUUUAAAUGCAUAUACAAAUGCAUAAACUUAUCUCUGAUUGAAAAAUAAAAAAUGUGGGGAAUUAAUUGAAAUUAUUUUGUGCUUUCAGUACAGCCUAAUAAAGUCCCCCUGUGUUGAAAAUCAA